UGAACGUCCGCUGCCGGUGAGACUCUGUUUGAGGAUAUUUAUUUAGUGAAUAAAAGCUCUCGAUCCACGUGUUCGAAGUGACGAAAAAAUCUACUGUGCUCUCAUCACGGAGCUCCUGUGUUGGGGCACAGGCACUUAGUGUCCGAUUUGUCGACGGAUAAACUGCCCAAGAUCGUAUAGACCAGGGAAGCUGGUGCAGCCCAUUGAUGUGUAACUGACCUCCAGAGCGGAGCUUGGCCAAAGGUUACAUGCAAAACUGCAGAGGCUUCCGCGUAUACACACUCUGCGCUGUGUUUCCCGAUGACCUUGCCAAGGUCAUUUUUAUCUGCCGGGGCGACUUUGACGGUAACUUUCAAGCGAUACUUACACGCCACCAUGCCCAUCCAAAGCAUCAAGGCCCGCCAGAUCUAUGACUCCCGUGGCAACCCCACCGUCGAGGUUGAUCUCAUCACGGAAAAUGGACUUUUCCGUGCUGCAGUGCCCUCGGGAGCAUCCACCGGUGUCCAUGAGGCACUUGAGAUGAGGGACAACGACAAGGACCAGUACCAUGGCAAGUCAGUCUUCAAGGCUAUCAGAAACGUCAACGAAGUAAUUGCCCCUGAACUGUUAAAGGCCGGACUCGAAGUUACUCAGCAAAAAGACAUUGACAACUUAAUGCUGAAACUCGAUGGUACAGCAAACAAGUCAAAGCUUGGUGCUAAUGCUAUCUUGGGUGUCUCUUUGGCCGUUUGCAAAGCCGGAGCAGCCAAAAAGGGGAUGCCACUGUACAAAUACAUUGCCGAGUUGGCUGGAAACACAAACAUUGUUCUCCCUACACCUGCAUUCAAUGUCAUCAAUGGUGGUUCCCAUGCUGGCAACAAGCUCGCUAUGCAGGAAUUCAUGAUCCUGCCAACUGGCGCUUCAAACUUCACUGAGGCCAUGAAAAUGGGCAGUGAAGUUUACCACCACUUGAAGAAUGGUAUCAAGAAGAAGUUUGGUCUUGAUGCUACUGCUGUUGGUGAUGAGGGUGGCUUUGCUCCCAACAUUCUGGAAAAUAAGGAAGCCAUCAACCUUAUCAUGAACGCCAUCAAGGCUGCUGGUUACGAGGGCAAAAUUAAAAUAGGCAUGGACGUUGCUGCAUCUGAAUUCCACAAGGACGGCAAGUACGACUUGGACUUCAAAAAUGAGAAGUCUGACCCAAGCACGUACUUGGAACCUAAAGCCUUGCAAGACUUGUACUUGGGAUGGGUCAAAGAGUUCCCAAUUGUAUCCAUUGAGGAUCCCUUUGACCAAGAUGGCUGGCAGUCCUGGACGGACAUUACUGCAGCUACUCCAAUCCAAAUCGUUGGUGACGAUCUCACCGUAACAAAUCCAGAGAGAAUCAAGACCGCCAUCGAAAAGAAGGCCUGCAACUGCUUGUUGCUCAAGGUCAAUCAGAUCGGCAGUGUGACCGAAUCAAUCCAAGCUCACCUACUUGCCAAGAGCGCUGGCUGGGGCACGAUGGUCUCGCAUCGUUCCGGCGAGACCGAAGACACGUUCAUUGCCGAUCUGGUCGUUGGCCUGUCCACCGGCCAAAUUAAAACUGGCGCACCCUGUCGUUCCGAGCGUCUUGCGAAGUACAACCAAAUUCUUCGCAUCGAGGAGGAGCUGGGAGCUGAAGCCAAGUACGCUGGCGAGAAAUUCCGAAACCCCCAUGCUUAAGCAGUUUUUAUGCUUGGGUCAAUGCUAAGCGAACGACAGGCAGCGAGAAUAACACGUGUCGGCACACCUACUGUACACUCACAUUUAUUUAUAUUAUUAGCUGCAACGCGGUAUUAUAUACCUAUUUAUAUUAUUUUCAAAACAAAGCGUUUGUAAUUUGAUUUUGCAAUGUUUAAUUCGACGCGCGAUACGAGUAGAUGAUCGAGAACUUGAGCGUUUCGCAAGAAAUGCUCAAGCUUACCAUUUAAUCUUGUCAGCGUACUCUCUGUAUCGUUUUAAACAGAUUUUUAUUUUUUAGUUGCCCCUUUUUUAAGAAUUUUCGUGAUACUUCCGAAUCGUCGGAACACAAAGUAUUUAUUAUUAUGAAGAAGAAGAAAAAAUAAAACGUUGAUCCAUCGAAUAGGCAAUGAUAUUCGAGUAAUAAGAAUUGUUGGAAAUAGACAGAUGUAUACCAUAUUUUGCGUAGCAUGAAUUACAGACCGUGUCUGGAAAUGCAUUGUUCCAAACGAAAAUGUAAAUAAGUUGAUAAAAAUUCCAAAUAAAGUAUGAAACUAAAUUAA